AUGAAUUGCAGACAAUAUUGGCAUAAAACUUUAGGAGAGUCCAGCAUACAUGGUUUCCCAUAUUUGGUGCGACGUGAACUGCACUGGCUGGAGAAACUGUUUUGGGCGGCGGUCAUUAUAACAGCCAUCUAUUUCUCCUUAGACAUUUGCCUCAAUCAAUGGAAACGUUUUCGUGACAAUCCCAUUGUCUAUGCCAUGGAAUUGGCAUGGGGUAAAUCUAAUUUUCCCUUUGUCGGCAUUACCUUGUGUUCGGAGUCUACAAGUCAAGAACAAUUGGAUGAGAUUAUCAAGGAGACUUGGGAUGUAACUCCAGAAACUAAUAACUCGCUUUACCAACACUAUAUGGAAUUCUUAAAGGUUCUAAAUUCCUUGAGUUCUAUAAGUCUGGAUAAAUUAAAACCCUAUGAAAACGAUACCAGUUUAGGUGAUUUGAAAUUUGUGGAAAUAUUAUUACAUAUGCGCCAUAAAUUCAUACCUCGCAAGGAGUAUGACAAUGCUGAUGAUAAUGAUAAAAAAUUGUCAACGUCUUCAUUCGAUGUGGAGGGAAGAGAGCAAAUUUAUGCGGCGGCUAUGACAGAAAUUGGAAUUUGUCGAACCACCUCUCAAUUGACACGCUAUACGAAUCCUUUUGGAAAAUUGAAAACCUUAAAAGUAUCUGGCAUCAGUUUCUGUGACAUUAUGAAUGAGUGCAAUACGAAAAUCUUUCCUAAAGUUGGCGUGGACUCUAGUCUGUUAAUUUUUCUGCACAAUGUUGAGGAUAUUGUGACACCUUAUGAUCAAGGCACUAUAAUGCGUCAUGCCACCAUGGAGGGCUCAUUGACCAUAGAACUUUUAUUGGGCUUAACAACAGCUGAAUCGGAAGUCAGGAAUUUGCCUAUUGCCUACAGGAAAUGUCGUUAUAAGGAUGAGAAUAAUUUAAAUUAUUUUGGUAUUUAUCGUCCUGCCCUGUGUCGCAUUGAGUGUCGUAUAAAUGUGGCCAUGCAAAAAUGUGGUUGCAAGCCAUAUUUCUAUGUGGUGGCCCCCCAUUUGCCCGUCUGCAAUAUAAAAGGAAUGUUGUGUUUGGCACAUGAACACUGGCCCAAAGUGGCACAAUGCAAUUGUCCCAAUUUGUGUGAGGAGGAAACUUAUGUUAGCAUGCAAACAACUUUACAAAAAGAUGACUCGACAAAAUUUGAAAGGACUAUAAUAGUAAAACUAUUUCUACCACGCAUGGCUAUGAAACGUCGUGUUGUCUUUAGCUCAGAUCAAUUAAUCAUGUCAUUCGGUGGGGCAAUUGGUCUAUUUUUGGGUGCCAGUUUUAUCAGUAUCUACGGUUUGCUGUAUGUGCUAAGUGAAUAUGUCUUUGGCAAUGUUUGGUCGUGCCUUAAAAUGAAAAGACAGGCCAAGAAGCAGAGAAGAGUAACAUUAGUGGAAGCAGCAUAUUGA